AUGAUGACUCGAAUUCCCCUCCCCACGCCCCCUCCAAUUGAUGUCUCAUACCAGCCCGAGACCACCAUUACAACCAUCCCAGCCACCCAUCCGAUCGAGUACAUCCUCAGCAUCCUCGAGCGCGAUGGUGGCGUGAUCCUCAAGGAUCUAGUCUCACCGCACGAACUGGCUGCCAUCGACGAGGAACUAGGACCCUGGAGUAGCAAGCCUCGUCGAUAUCUAGAAAACAAGAAGGUUAACGGCGAUGCCUUUCCAUCCAUCCCCGCACAAACCGUCCUCGUACCAGGCCUCGUGGGAAAGUCCAAGACAGUCGCUCAGAUCUGCGAGCAUCCCAUGUUAGAAGCCUUGCGGCAGCGAAUCCUGCGGGAAGACUUUACGCUUAUGCGGGAGGGCUUCGCGGAACCCAACACGCUUGAUCCAUUACUAAGUCUGAGUGUCUCGAUGAAUAUCGGGUACGGAGCACCUCGACAACUGUUGCAUCGGGAUGACGGCGUCCAUCAUAUUCGUCAUUCCCGAAAUCCCUUUCAGCCAUGGAACUUUCAGAAAUUUAGUCAAUUUGGAUGUUUGAUUGCUGGAUGUGAGGUUACUAGGGAAAACGGGGCUACGAUGUUUGUGCCGGGAAGUCAUAAAUGGGAUGAUGAUCGGUGGGCGAAAUCUGAUGAAGUUUGCUUUGCAGAAGAAAUGUCUCCCGGGUCAGCUUUAAUCUUCCUCGCCUCCGCUUAUCACGGCGGCGGACACAAUUCGGUUCCUGGUUCUGUCCGCACGAUGCACGGUUUGUUCUUCUGCCGAGGCAAUCUUCGCACCGAGGAGAACCAAUUCCUCGCAAUCCCGCGGAGUAAAGUGCGUGAGAUGAGUCCCAAGAUGCUUGAGUUACUGGGGUAUAAGAAGCCUACGACGGCGCUUGGUAUUGUCGACAAUAUGAGCCCGGAUGAGGAUGUGGAUGGGAUUUGGGAAAGGGCUAUGCAGUAG